UUAAAGGGCAGAGUUGUAAAAACUCCCAGGCAGUGGGGAGUCGGAUUGCCUGACGAUAGACUCCAAAAAACAAACAAAAAAAUACCACAAUCCCCCGAAGAAAAACAGCUGAUAUCGAUGCAACCUAACUGGAAUAAUCUUUUCGAUAACUGUUAGCUAGGAACCGAAGCGGAAGCCACCAGGAUAGAAAGAAACGGUCGUUUAAUGAGCACGAGAAGAUUUUCCUUUGGAGCAACAAGCGUUUCUCGUCCACCAGCACUUCUGAGUCCCCACUGAUCACUACUGCCUUGGAGGUUUUUUGCAGCACUCAACGAAAGCAGCUAUGCAGCUUGAAAUCCAAGUAGCGCUGAACUUCAUCAUUUCGUACCUGUACAACAAGCUCCCGCGGCGGCGAGUCAACAUCUUCGGCGAGGAGCUGGAGAGGCAGCUGAAGAAGAAAUACGAAGGACACUGGUACCCCGACAAGCCAUACAAAGGAUCCGGGUUCAGGUGCAUCCACGUGGGAGAGAAGGUGGAUCCGGUCGUGGAGGAAGCAGCCAAAGAAAGCGGGCUGGACAUCGAGGACGUCCGCAAUAAUUUGCCUCAGGACCUCAGCGUUUGGAUCGACCCUUUCGAAGUGUCCUAUCAGAUCGGGGAGAAGGGAGCGGUUAAGGUGCUAUACGUGGACGACAGCGGCGAGAACGGCUCCGAGCUGGACAAGGAGAUCAGGAACAGUUUUAACCCGGAGGCUCAGGUCUUCAUGCCAAUCAGCGACCCGGUGGGCGUCUCGUCCGAGUCCAGCUCGCCGUCUCCGCCGCCGUUCGGCCAGUCGGCGGCCGUCAGCCCGUCCUUCAUGCCCCGCUCCGCCCAGCCUUUAACCUUCACCACCGCCUCGUUCGCCGCGACCAAGUUCGGCUCCACCAAGAUGAAGAACAGCGGCCGAAACGGCAGCAAAGUCGCCCGCAGCUCUCCCACCAACCUGGGUCUGAAUGUCAACAGCCUCCUCAAGCAGAAAGCCAUCUCCAGCUCGGUGCAUUCGCUCUACGGUUUCGGCCUGGGAGCGUCGCCUCCGCAGCAGAAGGCGUCCGCGCUCUCGCCCAACGCCAAGGAGUUCGUGUUCCCCAACCUGCAAGGCCAGGGAAGCUCCGGAGCGUUCCCGGGCGAGAACCCGCUCAGCCUCAGUCCUCUGCAGUACGGCAAUGCCUUCGACGUGUUCGCGGCCUACGGGAGCAUCAACGACAAGUCGCUCAUGGAUGGCUUAAACUUCAGUCUCGGCAACAUGCAGUAUUCAAACCAGCAAUUCCAGCCGGUCAUGGCUAACUAACGAUUGUUGGCAUAAAGGAAAACGAAAGGCGAAGACGCACAACUGUGGAUGUGGAAACCAAGAUCCCUAUUAGUCACUGAUAAGCGCAUGUGCCCAAGGGUGUUUGAUUUUUGUUUUAUUUUUAUUUUUUCCCUUCGAUCUCUUGCUCUCUGCCCCCUUGAGUUUGUACUAAAGCUUGUUACACACACACACACACACACACACACACACGUCCGAGCUCGGUCAACACGCGUCUGUUUUCUUUUCCUACUUUGCCAAUAAAGCAAAAAAUGAUUUUUUUACUACCUUUUUGGAAGAAAACUACUCUAAAACAUUGGGGGAAAAAAAGAAACGCGGAAGCUUCAAGUUCUGGCCUCUUACAGUAUUUUAAAGUUGGUAAGACUUGGCUGAUUUUUAAGAAAUUGGCACUAAUGCAUAUAUAUAUAUCUGGGGUUACGUGGUCUUUUUUCUAAUUGUAUAAUUUAAUUGAGUACAGAGUUUGUAAAAUAUCAGAGUAUAUAUAUAUUGUUUCUACAACAUGGUAUUGCAUUUAUAUCUUUUUACUACUCCAGUGAUCUGUGAUGGCUGCAGAAGCUUUAUGUUAUAAUAUAUUUUGUUUUUUUUUUCUUUCUUUCUUUUUUUUUUUUGUUUUUUUUUUUUUUUAAAUUGUUAAAGAAAUUCAUCUUAAAAAAAAACCAAAAAAAAAAUAGAUCAAAAAUUCUAAAGAUUGUGUACAGAAUAUUCCUUAGUGUUGGAAUUUCAGUGUAGGAAUAUUUGCUUUUUUGAAACAAAAAGAGUUGUAUUUUCUGUUAAGAGUUCAACAGAUUUUUGCUAUAUUAUGGACAAUGUAAUCGUAUAUAUUAAUUUUGUACCUACAUUGUGCAAUACUUGAUAAAAAAAUAUGGUAUAACAAAGUAUUUUGAGUCAGUGUCUUACAUGUCAAGAGGGACUGAAAUAGUUUAUAUUAAGUUUGUAUUAAAAUGCUUGAAAUAUAUGCUUGUCUUUUAUUUUUGUUUUCUUUUUUUAUUUGACAUUUGCACCCUGGCCUUUUUCAAUAAAAGAAAAUUUAGGCAAGAA